UGGUUUCCUGAACAUGCGCAAAACAAAUUUGGUUCACAACAUCCGUAUAUAUCACAAGAUGGCAAGUGACACUUGGUUGACUGAGUAUGAUAGCUGUGCAAGGCUUGGACAAGACCUGAUGGUGAAAAUCAAUGAGAGAAAUAAACACAACAGAACCAGUUCUACAUACACAAAGCUAACUGCCCAGAUACGGGUGUCCAUGAAACAGUUCGCCAAUGACCUCAACAAGCUGAAGCAGCAACUGAUCCGUGCCUCGUCCUCCUACCAUAUUACUCAGAGAGAGGUGGAACGUCGCCAAAUGAUGACUGAUAAUUUAACAACGAAAGAGAAACAGAUUGAACAAGCAUUCCGUAAUGAGGGAGGAGAUACAAGGUACUCCCUAAUGGGAUCAGCAGGAGACACAUUUGGAAGUAAUGAUCCCUGGGGGAUGAGGGACGACCCAGAUGAGUAUCGAGACAUGUCCAACAAUGAUCUCCGUAAUCAACAGCAGCAAGUUAUUCAAGAGCAGGACAGAGGCCUGGAUGCCCUAUCCAGUGUCCUGUCCCGACAAAAACAGAUGGCCAUUGACAUCGGUGAUGAGGUGGAUAGCCAGAAUGUCUUGAUAGACGAUAUCACAGAUCAUACAGACCGGACAGGAGAACGGCUAAAGAAGGAGACCAAACAUAUCCGUAUCGUAGAUAGGAAAUCCAACGCCUGUUGUUACUGGGUUGUCAUUGUGCUGUUGUUCAUCGCCAUUAUUGUUGUGGCAGUUGUACCAAGUAAUGGGAAAGCUUGACCACAGCAGUCAAAGGAUGCCUAUCUGUUUGUGCUGUAUAAGAUGAAGACUAACUGAAAUAUGAGGUGUUAUGUUCUUAAGGUGCCUGGGAAAUGUUUAUGUUUUUGAAAUUUCCAUCCAAUGGGACCAUGAAAUACUCUGAAACAAUUUGUUUUGUUGAUCAAGUGAAGGCUGUAAGGAAUCAGGAAGGAUGAAACAACCAGUCCCAAGCGAAGUGGAAGUCAGUUAUAUAUGUUGAAUGUGUGUUGUACUAGAGCAUGAUUACUGAACGUGAUUUUCCUGGUUUGAUACCAGAUCUUCAAACAAUACAAUAUCAUUUGUAUACAUACCGGAGUGUACAUUAAACACAUUUCAAUGUUUGUUUGCACUUCACUAGGAGGAAGAUUCCAUCGUUACAAGGAAAAGCAUUUCUGGGACAAGAAAAAAACCAAAUCAUGAUUCAUACAAAUUAUUAUAGGUCUUAUGAUAUAAAGAAAAGUAUGUGGUGAGGAAGAAAUUUGAUUUUGUAAGAGAUUUGUAAUUAGAUAUGUUGAAUGUAAAUUCUGAGGAAGUUUAAUGGUACAGAGAGGUUUAAAUCACUUGGUAGCUUUCCCUUUACAUACAUUCUACAAUAGUAACACAACAGGUGGGAACUAGGAGUACAAGAUCAUGGCAUGAUUUCAUCUGGUGUCAAAACUCUUGCAAAGAAAACAAAGUAUAAAUAUAUUAAGAGGAAGUUAUCAGGACAUUUAUAGGUAAGCACAAAACAUGUUAAAGUUUAUAUACUUAUAUAAUUAUCCUUCCAUUUUAUUUAUUUAAAACUUAUAUAAUCUGUAAGAUUUGAAGUUUGAUUUCAGCACCUUCCACUCUCUCACUGUGGUUAAUGUACUGACUUAUGGUAUAUCUACUAGAUAUCAUCAAAUGCUGCAAUAUUUGUCCAACAGAUCUUAUAAAUGCCUGUCUGGAUCAAAAUAGACUGGUAAAAUCAUAUACUUCUCACAGAUAAACAAAACUUUAAUAUAGCCAUGACUAAGGUAUUUUGAUUAAGUAAAAUAUCCCCUCCAUUACAGAAAAGAACAUUAGGAAUAUUACAGACAUUGGUAUUUGUACACUUUGCCAAUAUGUGAGAUAUUUCCAUUAUAACAACUGUAGACAACUUGUAGUAACGUCCUGUUGACACAAUUACAGGAGUUUUUACCUGCUUCCUGUUACCUGGCUUACUUUUGUACUCAUUACUCUGGGAGAGGAAGUGGUAUUGUGAUACAAUGAUUGGUGCAUACAAGUGUUACAUUAUUGUAUAUUUUGUAUAUUGCUGGACAUUAAAUUAUCAGACAAUA